AUGCUGAAGGAAGAGUGUGGUUUCCCAGAUACUGUUGACUUUAGUGACAGAUAUAAAGAAGCUAUUAGAAAGUUCAAGGAUGGAAAUACUGACCCGAACCUAUUUAGCUUUAUGACUCAGCACCAAAUGGGAUAUAAUUUCAAACCUGGAAAAUACAAGCUCGCUAAGAGAUAUGAUUUAAUAGCAUAUCAUCCAAAUGACAUGAACGAAUUUACUCCGAGAUAUUUGAUGUCAGAGCUAAAUGACAAUUCAACUUUCGUCAUGAAACGCGUAAAAAAUAGAGACGGAACGAAAGAACAAAGGCUUAUGAAUGCGGAUGACGUAGAUAGGGAAAUUGUUGAAAACGGUCUCGGAAUAUAUGAAAUGCCAGCAGAUGAGGUACAAGAAACUCAACAGGAAGAAGUUCAGAUACAACCAGACAUGGAAGAAAUAGUUCAGCAACAACAGCUAGAAGAGCCUGAAGGAAACGAACAAGUCCCUCCUUUGGAAACUAACCUCACAGAACUAGAUGAAGAUUUGGAACAGCCGAAAAAUCUUGA